AUGUCAUCUUCCGAAGAGGAAUACGAGGUGGAACGCAUUGUGAAGCACCGUAAUGUGACCGGGAAACACCGAUUCCAAUAUACUCAUAAAUUGUAUAGAUUCGCGUCAAACUUGGUUGACGCAUAUUGGGACAACCAUGGUGGAAGCGAAGCUUUGGAAGCUGCACGCAAUAGCAAAAAGUUAAACAAGUUGAAACCUGCAAAGAAGGACACCAAGAAAAAUAGUAACACGGCGGCCACUGGUAGCAGCAGCAGCAGCAGCAAAUCGCAUGUCAAAGAAAUAAACAAAAAGCAGCAACCAGCAUCCGUGGCGUCAAAUUCAUCAUCACCCGCAUCAUCAUCAAAAUCAUUAUCUUCGGUACCAACCAAACGCGACAGAAAUCUCGAGACUUAUAUGGAAUUUAGCGAUAACGACUCGUCCAAACGUGCACGCUUGCCAAGUGAAACCGACAAAGAGGAUGAAGUGCUGAAAGAAACCGAAAUUGCAACAGAAAGCACGACGAUCAUGGGAAAGGAUACACCCGCUGCUGAGGUCGACGCAACGGCAUCUUCAUCAGUACUGUCUCAGCUGGAUGCGACAAUCAAUGCCACGGAUGCCAUUGCAGACGAGAUCAGUUCCACACAGGUUGAAGUCGACACAACAGAACAGCAACAAAAUAAGGUUGUCGCUGCUGUUUCUGCCCCAUCGCCAUCAUCAUCUUCUUCGUCAUUGCCGCUAUCGAAGGACAACGACAAACUAGCAGUAACUGACGGAGCAAAUGAUGGCACUCGGACAUCAACCAGCUCUCUACCUGCUCCUACUGCUAUCCUUGGCGAUACCAUCACUGAUGCCUCAACGGACAUCGGGAUGGGAGAAGCAGCAGCAGCAGCAGCUACUACAGAAGGACGGCUAUCAGCAAGAAAAGACACACCAAUCAGCGCCACAAUUGUUGAUUCUGAUCCCACAACAAAGCGGAACUCGUCAAUUAGUGACAUCGCAAAUGAUCUCGAUACUGCUGUUGCUACUACUAUUACUACCGAAGCUACAAAAGGACAAAAACGAACGUCUGUCGCUGAAAAAGAAAAUGCAGGCAUCACUCAAGAUGACGAAGAUCUUUUCAUGGACGAUGUAAUGGAUAAACCUGCUGCAUCACCGACGACAUUGGCAGAUGCGACGUUGCUAUUGGAUAUGUUGGAUGACGAAAACGAAGAGCAGUCAUCUGAUAUAAGUCCCGCGUAUGACAAUGGGAACAGUAGCACAACAACUGCAGGAUUGAGCACCACAUCAUUAGCAGCAGCAGCAGCAGCAAAUAAGGAGAACAAGGGCCGUUCUAUGACUGAGGAUAAGAUACCACCUCGUGUUUUGGAAAAGGACACAGACAUGCUCAGAGGUGGUGAUGAUAAGCUUUUGAGCCAUAUCUCACCUUACGACAGCAACGUGAAAGGGCUUACUGAACUCAACACAGACGAGGUGAUCUAUGAUGCCAAUUUCCCUGCGAGCCCAGAGGAUUGGGUGAAUGUGAAAGAAGUGGCUACGGUUACACGAGUCCCAGAUGAUGAUGGCUUGGAUGGCGACUUAUAUGUUGUAGUUCGAUGGGCCAAUGAUGUCUUGUCGUUGCAUCCAAAUGAAAAUGCUCGGAAACAUUGUCCAAGUCAGCUGAUUGAUUUUUACGAAAAGUCAUUGAAGUUUGUGGUGUAG